AUGAAUGCAAAUGAACGACAGCAACAAGAAAGCGUUCGAAUACUAUAUACUUCGGCAUCUAAAUUGAAACAGAAAUUGCAGGAUCUCCUCAUAACCUUGCAAACACAGGUAGCAAUCUAAUUACCUCCACAUUUUGCUGAAGCGCGAAACUUGCGACUGGCCAAAAUACUUGAACACACUUGGACUGUGUGCUUCCGAAUUGGUGGAAAUACGCAAAGUCUUGGAGUCUGAGCGUUUUUCGCUGGCUCAGUCACUCGUCCUCACACCUGUUCGACUGAAUCCUGAACCAGACCCAGCUCUUGCAAAGGUGACAGAUGAGCGCUUACCACGUUUCGACCAUGAUACCGCUCCACAAUACUUGAGAACAAAAUUGGCUCCCCAGGUAUUUAUUAAAUUAUUUACUUUUUGUCUUUAUAUCUUCGUUCUACAUACAGAUAUAUUUUUGUAGCUAAAAGCUCAGAGCUAGGUAUUAUCUGCUUCUCCCAUACCCCUAAUGGCGUUUACCCUCUUGGCGUCUGCAGUGUUCAGUGGAUUCCCUCUUCAGUGUGAGGUGAUACCUACGGGAGCUUGGCAGAACCCAGUUUCCUGAAGGAUAUACAGCUGACGUCACCAUCAAGCUGCCUAAAUAUCCGUUGAUCAGGACAGUGUUCCGAAGACGUGCACAUCUAAUGUCCGAUGGCUCCAGACUUUUCACUGCCGCAUUCAGAGUCACCAUCAACACAAUUAGCACGUCCAUUCUCCAGCAGGUCCUUGACACAGCUAUUGGUUUACAUUGGUCUUAGUCUCGACAAACCCAAAAGCCGUCUUCGGCCCAGUAACAUACGGUCUUAUUUAGACGCCAUUGCCAGAAUCCGGUGUUGCGCGGGUUGUAAGACCGUUUUAGACAACAAUGAAUAAAUUUUUAGCGAAAAUUACUUCUUAAGUUAGCGGAUCUUAAAAAACCCACUUCGUGUUAGAAAAAACUGUCCAACAACCCGUCACUCCUUCAUCAUUUCUACCAUCAGUGAUUCUUCACCGUUUCUUAACAUGUCUUCGCGGUUUUCUCUCGCAUCCAUCUGCCUGCCCUCUAAAUAUUCUUGUGCGAUCGAUGCUGUGGUAGCUGGUGCCACAAAAUAGAUGGCUAUGUUAACGAUGACUUUGAUCCAACCCAUGAAUAGGUCUCCGCCUGACAUGAAAACGAGGAAGAGAUGUUGUCAUUUGACCCAAAUUUGGAAACCUCGACAGCCUCGGUGGAAUCCGAACCCACGACAGGAAGGAUAAGGCUUACUCCAGCCACCUGAGCUACGAAGUCCCACCGGGAGACGUGAGUUUAUUCGCAUUUGGCUCACGUUACCGACCCAGCUUACUGCAGCGCAUGCGAUCCACCAAAUCUAAUACAGUAAAUGACUCUCCAAGCAGGAUUUCCGAGCAAUCAGUCUAGAAUCCACCAGAUGACUACCCGACUCAAUUCAUUUGUCCCUCUGGGUUCGAAUCUCACCGAGGCCGCUGAGCUUUUUACAAUUGAGUCAAAUGGGUUAUUCGAAUCUGCCAAAAACACCUACUAAUUAAGUGAACCUAGCAGUCCUCUGGUGGAUUAUAGAUGGAUUGUUUGGAAAAUCCUGCCUGGGCAAGCAGCUUACUGUAUCAGAAUUGAUGGAUUGCAUGCGUUGCAGUAAGCUGGGCGGGUAACUUGACGCAAAGGCGACUAAACUCACGGCUUCCGGUGGGGCCUCGUAGCUCAGGUGGCUAGAGCUGGCUGUACUCAAGCCUUUCCGUUGCUGUCGUGGGUUCGAAUCCCACCCAGGCUGCUGAGUUUUUCCUGAUAGGACCAAAUUAAUUAUUCAAAUCUGCCAGAAACCCGAGUUCGCAAAAAAUUGUUAAUUUGACAUUCUGAACGUUCACCCUCGGAUAUAAAAUCGACUUCUUUUUCAUAAUGACGACUGUAACUUGUCAUGGCACCCGCGACUCUCCUAUGGAGAGAGGAAACGGCUGCUGGGGGAUGAUUCCUAUUGAAGAAGGAGACACGAUCGCCGGGACAAGUGUCUCCUUCUUCAAGACUACUUCCUGGGACUCGGCUCUUCGCUUCUAUUGGCGAUGAUUCCUAUAUCAUCCAGGCCUGCCGGAAAUGGUCGGUAGUCGUCAGUCCCCCAGGAUUGUCGUCAUCCGGCUUGCGGGCUGUUUCUUGGCAUCUUCGGCGUCGGUAUUGUCGCUUUCGUUCGCACUUUACCCUCACAGCUACUCCCAACUUCCCUGUUUAACUGCAGCUCGAGUCCCCUCCAAUUCUUGAGUAAGGCCCCUUUUUAACUUCGCAGGUGGAGUCUCAACGCAUGGCCCAAAAUGCCAAAGCUUCUGCGAUUCCUCCGGAGCAGGCAACAAAGUUGGUCAAUUUGUCCAAUAGGUUGCUUGACUCCGGACUGAAAGAAGUUAACGCCCUAAAACAGGAGCUGGAGACGGACUUAAGUGAAAAGACCUUCAAGUCAUCCGUCAAUCCGGACGAUCUUUUCACAUUAGUCGCUGCUAUUACAACUGGAGCAAACUUUGGCGGAAAGCCUGCCCCUCAGGACACCUGUAAAUGA